AUACCUAAUGCAUGCAUACUAGGGGACUGCCUUGGCACCGACGUCGACUUCUUGAAAUUCGUUGCAGAGGCAGUCGUAGAAACAAUAACUUUAUCCACAUAGGCAGUGGCUAUCUAUACCGUGUGACGCAAUUGGAUUCACGGUCGUCCCCUGCGACAGAAGACGGAGAGUCACCCGCGACUACCUUCUGCGUCGCGCCCGUAUGCGACCACAGCCAGUAUAAUUGUUGUACCAUAACUCACGUGGAUAGCUUGAACUUAACUGCUGCACCAAAAGCACACGGAACCAACGCGACCCAGAAUGCUGCCAUGCUGCUCGAGCGCCUUCUGGGGUGGCUCAGCGAAGGAAAGGGACCAGGCGCUACUCUGGGACCCGCCUGACCUGUCUGGAUGGCUCGACAAAGAAGGUCGCAGGAGUACAGCAUGGAAGAGGCGUUUUUUCAUCCUCAAGGGCAGCAACUUCUUCUGGUUCGAGGGCCAGGGCGGCGGCGUCAGGCCGCGCGGCUUCAUUGCCCUGGAGGGGAGCAGCGUGGCGUGCCGUACCGUGGUCAACCGCACAGGGGAGAAACCCUUUGCGUUGACCAUCACGCUGCCACCUGAGGCGGCGGAGGGCGGCGCCAGCAGGCCGCACCUCACCGUGGCCGCAGUCAGCGAGGAGCUGCAGUCGCUGUGGUUCCGCGCUCUGAGCCAAGCCGCCAUCCCCCGUCCCGAGCUGCUGGCACGGUUGCACGAGGAGGGCAGGCUGGAGGAGGUUACUGGCGGCCCGAGCCGCCGCCCCACCACCGCCGCCGUCUCUGCAUCACCUCGACCUAGCGGCAUGCCAGCCGCCUCGCCCCUGCUUUCCGCCGCCGCCGCUUCGGCCGCCGCUUCGCCGUACCAUGCCCAGCACUCCUUCUAUGCGGCCGCUGCAAACGACGGCGACGCCAACGGCCGCUCCUCUCGCAGCCGACUGCUGUCGAUGGGCAAUGACGAUGAGGCCCGCUACGCCGCCAGCGACGCCGGCGGCGGCGGCGGCCGCCGCGGCCGCCACGGCCGGGGAGCAGACGACUUUGACACGGCGUCGUCUCAUGCGGCGUCGGAGCCGGCAGAGGUGCUCCGCACGCGCCGCAUGACGGCGGCGCCAGCCGCCGGCGGCGGGGCGGGACAGCACGCGCCGCACCGGCAGCACGCCAGUCGUUCAGAGAUGCCGGCGCAGCCUGGCCCGCGGGCCCUCGGCAAGGGCAAGGGCUCAUCGCCGCUGCGGCGGAGCGAGUUCUCGUUUGGCCUGCGGCCCGGCUCUGACGCGACUGCGGCGGCCAUGGGCGGCGAGCGGCAGGGCGGCGGCGGCACACGUCGGCCGACCAGCCACAGCCGCCACCCACGCGGCCGCGACGAUGAGCGGGAGCCACUGCUGAUGUCGGAGGAGCACGACGGUGGUGGUGGCGGAGGCGGCGGUGGAGGCGGAGGCGGAGGAGGUGGAGGCGGGGGAAGCAGCGCCGGCGGCAGCGUGGCGAGGUUUUCAGACGACAAGCUGCCGUACCGCGAUGAUGACUACGGCAACAGCAACGGGAACGUCGGUGAUGGAAGGACCUCCCGUGCGCACGUGCGCCGUAGCACUGCCACUGCCGCCGCCUCUGGCAGCAGGGGCCGCGCCGAUAGCCACAAGCGCCCCUCCACCAUCCACGAGCGGCCGCGGCACAGCCACCAUGUCGGCCCCAGCGAUGACGACGACGGCAGCGAAUACCGCGGCAGCAGCCACCUUUAUCGCCAGGGCCUGGAUGACGCUGACCACUACCGUGACGGCAGCAAUGGGCGGGGCGAGCGGGUCGGGGACCAGGCUGCUACCGAACGCGGCGGCGGCGGGCGCAGCCGCCGUACCCAGGCCUCAGUACGGCUCCUUGACGGAGCAGAUGGCUGGGAAGGCGGCGGCGGCGGCGGCGGCGGCAGGUCCAGCGCCGCCGUCGGCAAUGUUCGUAAACACUCGGCCAUGCCGGUGGAGCCGCCACCGCCGCGUCGCAACUCCAUCUCGCCGCCAGCGGCCCGGUCGCGGCGCCCGACGGCGGCGGCGGUGCCGCUGCGUGUCGAGUCGCCGCCUCGUGCCAGUGACACCCGUGCUGGCGGCGGUGGUGACGGCGGUGGCGGCGGGACGCGCGCAUCCAGGCUUGCCAGUGGCGGCGCCGGCGCCGGUGGAUACUACCACGGGCGCAGCUAUAAUGAGCACGGUGGGGGCGGCAAUGCCGGCGGUGCCGGAAGCGGCGAUGAUGAUGCCAGCGCCAGUCUGAUGGAGGCGUACCUCACGCAUCAGGCGCCGCUGGCGCAGCGGGCGACGGAGACGCUGGCGGCGGCGGCAGCCGCUGCUGCCGCCGCCGGCGUCAGGGAGGAGGCCCGGGCCUCGGCGGCGGCGCAGGCUGCGGCGGUGGCGCACAGCCGUCGCGCAACGGCCGCCGCCGCGGCGGCGGCGGCUGCUGCCGCAGCCCGCCCUUCGGCUGCAGCUGGCGGUGUCACCUGGGCGGCUGACAUGCAGAGGCCCAGCUACAGCCACCCAGCCGCUGCUACAGCCGGCGGCGGCGGCGGCGGCGGCGGCCGGCACCGGCCGGAGUCCGUUGGAUCUUACGGCUCCGCUGCUGACGCCAUGGCCGUUGCCGCCGGGCCGCCGAUACCCUUGCGCAUGAGCGGCAUUCCGCAAAUCAGAUCGGGAGGCCUGAAGCAUCUGGACAUCCUUUCCGAGCAGCUGAGAUCUGGAUACCUUGCAGCCGCUGCCGCCGCCACCGCGGCCGGGCCGCCGCACAGGGGCAGUGGUACCUACGGCGCCAUCGGGCAGCCGCCGCGCGGCAGCAGCAGUGCCGCCAUCGCCAACGCUACAGCCGCCGCCGCGGCAGCGGCUGUAGCAGACAAGCUGGAGGGCCGGCUGUCGGGAUUGCAGCAGACGGUGGCGAACGUGCAGGCGGCGCUGGUGGACUUGGCUGUAGCAGCUACUGCCGCCCAGCAGCAGCAGGCGCGCCACACGGCGGCGCCGCCGCCGCCGCCGCAGCAACAGCAGCAGCAGCAGUUGAUUCCGCUGCAAGACUUUGGCGGCACGGGGCUGCCGUACGCGACCGGCGGCGCCGACGGCAGUAGCGCCAGCGCGCGGCACACAAUUAUGACGACGGCUACUGCCGGUGCCGCAGCCACGCUGGCGGCGCGUGAGCAGGAGCGCGCAACGCUGGUGCAGAUGCAGCAGACGCUGGUGCGGAUGCUGCACGAGGGCGGGAGCGAGGUGGGCGGCGGCGGCAGUGUCACUGCCCGUAGCUCCACACGCUCGCUGCAGCAGCACGGCUACCACCACCACCAGCAGCAGCCGCAGCAUCCUCCGCAGCAUAGCAUGCCCAGCUUUGGCGGCGCCUGGGAUGCGCAGUCUGCGCCGCCGCCGGCCACCGCCCAGGCGGCCAGCCACUACCCGCCCAGCAGUCCCCCAACGCCGCCGCUGGUACCCAUGCCAGCUGGCGUGGAGUACCGUGCUGCUGGCUCUCCGCCCGCGCCGCCGCCGCCGCCGCCGCCGCCGCCGCCAGUGGCCUCCGCGGUGGCGCACAUGGCAGCAGUGGCGCCGGCAGGAUUCGACAUGCGGUCUCAGAUGUUGGAGCAGAUUCGUAAGAAGGAGGAAUUCAAGUUCCGAAACCAUGUACGGCGUGAAUCCCUGGCGCCAGCCUUGGCCGCCGCCGCCGCCGCCGCCGGGCCGGCCGCCUACUAUCAACACCACGAGCCGCCGGCCACGGCAGCAGCCGCCGACUACUACCACGCCACAGGCGGCCUCAUGCAGGUGGCCUAGGUGCCGCAACGCCCAGUGACCGCCGUGAGGAGGGACGGCACGGUGCUACAGCCCCUGCAGCAGCAGCCCCUGCAGCUGCUACUGCCAGCCAUGCAGCGGCAGGUGCCACGGCGGACAGCUGCGAGCCGCCCACGCCCACGCCGACUCGACAGAACGUGCCAGAGGGGCAUCUGGACCCGGCGGCGCCUGGGAGCGGUAGCAGGAGGGAUUAUUACUUGGGAGGAGGUGCCAGCGCAGCGACGGCAAUAGCAGCGCCGUCGCAGCAGCACGGACCACAGCCGCCGCCGGUGCAGCCGGCGGCGGCUGUAGCACGUCGUCCCUUGUGCGGCGCUGGGGAGCAGGAGGAGGAGGAGGCGGAGCUGCUACAGCCGCCCGCCGCCAUUCCCGUGAUGGCGGAGUGGCAGUACAGCCCGCAGGUGGUGGGCGCGCUGGCGGCGGCGCUGGGCGCCUGGCGCACGCGCUACAGCUCCAGCGGCACCUUGCGCGCGUAGGCAGGCAGCAGCAGCAGGGCUGCGUGUGCGGGGCUGCGAUGGCUGGGCUGUGGGGAUGGGCCGAUGGGGCCGUGUGGGCGGGGCUUUCGAGGUGGUUCCGUGGAAGGCAGCGGGCUUGUGUGGGCGCGGCUGCGUGGUCGGGCUUACGAGGUGCGUGGCUCCUUGGAAUUUAGCGGGCCGUUCACGGGGCGUGCGGCAGCUGGCUAGCUAGGCGGCCGCGUGGAUUCCAGUAUCGUUCUUGGGUGCAUGGGAAGGAGCGAGACCUCAUUGUUUGUGAUGACUGAUGAGCGAGUGAUGAGCGUUGUGCCUAGCCUUUAGGCGAGCCCAUGGCCGGCGCUGCUGUACGGUGUGUGCCAUGUGUGCGAUGCUGAGGACCAGACUGGGCUGGCGACCCGGCAUGGCGUGACUCCGGUGAGGGACUGAACUGUUAGGGACUGGACGAGGGAAAGCGACGGAUCCCAUGCAGACGGCUGGCGGGCUGUGCGAGGAUUAACAAUUGUCAGGAAGGACUAGUGCCACCGGUGCCUUUCGCACAAACUGAAGACGGUGCGCUGGCUCGGCGCGAGCUGGCAUAGGCUCGAUGGGCGGGGCGAAGGGCGGCGGGCCGCGGCAGGCCGCGGGCGGGGUGGGACUCAGAUAGUCGUUGUGACUUGCGGGCUUUGUAAAUAAUGUUGAAG